GUGCAGUAAGUUCAUCCGGCUUAUGAGGAAAAUCAGAAAAUUCUGUGAAAAUCGUGAUUAUGUCUAAGAAAGAGACCGACCUUAGUAAUGUUAGUGAACUCUUCUCACCAAUUAGAGUAAGGAAUUCACCAGCAUCCUUCAGCAAGACAGCAAAUCUUACAGGGAAUAAACGACAGAUUAAGGACGGGUGUGCUGAUAUCCACAAUGUCAUGCAGAAGUGGACAAAAACUAAUCGAGAGGGAACUGACACCAUUAGGGAAAUAGCAAAUAUCAGAAUUAGUCACAUAUUACAGUCUAGUGAAGAAAAUUCAGAGAAAAGUGAUCAUUCUACUGAUAUGCUGAAGCUGGAGACUCUCUGUGGAAACCUGCAGUGUUGUGUGCAAAAAUUGAAGAAACUGGUUUUGAAGAUUGCCAUGGUUGUAACAAAGUUUCAUGGGGUUCAGAUGCUUUCAGAGUACAAAAAUGACUCCGAUGUGUUGUUCCAGACUUGGUCCACAAAAGAUUUUGCAUCAGCAGCAGAGAAGUUGUCAACCAUGUAUCACAAGGAGUGGGAACUAAAACAGUCAAUCUAUGAAAAUGUCUGCCAUGUCAUCAGCCGAGAUUCUGUCAUGUUCUAUACAUCGGCAUGGGUACACCAGCCUUAUAUAGAGGAAAGAGCAGAGCUUCUACUUCAGAGCAUGCUCACUGAGACUGGUCAUGUGUCAUGAUUAAACCAAUAAAAAGACCUGUUUCAAAAAUAAUGGAACUGUGAAGAAAGCCGUUAACAGUCCAGCUCAAAGAAACAUGUACUAUAUGAAAGUAAAAAAGAUGUAACAUGGCAUAGAAUUCCAAGAAGCUAUUUCAUAACAAUUUCUGAAGACUUGAAAUUUUCAAAAUGACUGAAAAUAUGUUCCUGGUAUAUGCUGGAAAAGUGACACUGAUUAUAAGGAAAAAAUUGUCAGAUUCUAGUGACUGUGCAGAGGGAUGUCCUGUACGAUACAGUGUAGUACAAGAAUAAUCUAGGAUAUCAUUAAUUUAUGUGUAUUGUCAAGGAAAUAGAGGAAUGGAACAACAAAAAAUGGGUUUUUUUUAUCUCUUGGGAGCCAUGUAUCAUUAAAGAAUUGUAUCUGACACAAUAGUACUGUGUAGCAACUAUUCAAUGCAUUGACAUUCAGUAGUAAAACAACUGUUCUAUGCAAUGGCAUUCAGCAAUAAAACAUGAAACAGCUA